UGCCCAGCAUCUCCAUCUGUGCCAUAUGAAUCCCGCAAUCGCCGUUGACCCUUUUUCUCUUCAGCUCCCCUUUCCACCGCGCAAUAUCACCCCGUUGGCACCCAUUGAAUCGAUGAACCAUCCAAUGACUGGCGUAGAAAACCUGGGAGCGUCACAACCCAGCCGUUGCUACGAACCCGCUCCAAGAACCAAACAACGCGGAAACUGCAAGAAGGUGCAUGCCUUUUGCGAAGCAAAGAGGCCAUGUCAUCGUUGUGUGGAAACUGGAUAUAAGGAUUCAUGUUCCGAUCCACCACACAUUCGCACCCCAAGAACCAAACCAUGCGGAAAAUGCAAGAAGGCGCAUCGUCGCUGCGAAGCAAAGAGGCCAUGUCAUCGUUGUGUAAAACUUGGACAAAAGGAUUCAUGUUCCGAUCCACCACACAUUCACACCCUAAGAACUAAACCAUGCGGAAACUGCAAGAAGGUGCAUGCUCGCUGCGAGGCAAAGAGGCCAUGUCAUCGUUGUGUGGAAACUGGAUAUAAGGAUUCAUGUUCCAAUAUAGAGCAUAAGAGGGAUAAUACCCCCUUCUCAAGUGGUUUACAGUCCUUUCCACCACGGAUUUUCACCCCGUUGACACCAAGUGCAUCGAUGAACCAUCCAAUAACUGUUGAAAAAGAUCCGGGAGUGUCACCACCCAGCUAUCGCUACAACACCGCAUCCGACAUCGAACAUGCGGUAGGUCAGGUCGCCAAUGAUGAAAGUGGUCUUAGUGAUACUAGUGGUCUUGACACGCGAGCGGAGGACAUGCUGGUCGUUGGGGAUGUAGUCCGGAGCGACAAUGCGGUCAAUGGAAUCGAAGUAGCACGAGAAAUUAAAGUAUCAAGAGGGAAUAGGAAACUGCGUUCUUGCAAAGACAAAAACGUCGAUAAGGAUCUUUUCGAGAUCAUCCAUCGAACACUUACUGGGGCGCCGGAAAAACCCUUCUCUAUAUGGACGCUUAUUUCUUCGUAUCCACAGAAAGAUUGCCCCCGAAAUACUCAUGGAAUCACCAAUAGAAACUACCUUCAAAUGCAUAAAAGGAGGCACUCGCAGGGAAAAUUCAAGUGUCAGUACUGUCAGAAUAGCUACCAAUUUCAAUCCUCUCUUCAAUACCACCUCGGCAAAUGUGCGGCGGCCAAAGAUACGACCUUUCUUACCGCAACAUCCGCCCCCAAACAGGACCAAUUCGAUAAAGACUCAAGCAGCAACGGAAAUCAACACGGUGUGGCCUUCCAUGGCUACCAAGGGGACUUCCACAACCGUCACCAAACCGACGACAUCACAGAACAGCAGAUCCCAAUUCCGUUGAGGGACUCACUCUCUGAUCCUAGCAGCAAUGGUCAUGAGGUAAACGGGUGUAACUCCAGCCAGAUCCCACCGGACUCCUAUAACCAUUACCAAACCGGCGACAUCACGGAACAGCAGAUCGCAAUGUGCUUUACGAUGAACAAAGAAUUAUGCGCAAGGAACUACAACAACAUCGCAGAACAGCAGAUCCCAAUUCCGUUGAGGGACUCACUCUCUAAUCCUAGCAGCAAUGGUCAUGAGGCAAACGGGUGUAACUCCAGCCAGAUCCCAUCGGACUCCUAUAACCAUUACCAAACCAGCGACAUCACGGAACAGCAGAUUCCAAUUCCGUUGAGGGACUCACUCUCUGAUCCUAGCAGCAGUGGUCAUGAGGCAAUCGGGUGUAGCUCCAGCCAGACCCCAUCAACGGACUCCUAUUACCAUUGCCAAACCGGCGACAUCACGGGGCAGCUCCCAAUGUGCUUUACGAUGAACGAAGAAUCAUGCGCAAGGAACUACGACAACAUCACAGAACAGCAGAUUUCAAUGUGGCCUGCGACAAACGAAGAAUCAUGUGUGAGGAGCUACGAAGGGGACUCGUAUGACUUCCACAACCGUUGCCAAACCGGGGCCAUCACGGAACAGCAGGAGCUGCUCAGUCUCGGCUCAGGAUGCUGUGCUGGUCUUUCGACCGAAGGCCUUGGCGGCAACAUACUCCAAGGGUCUCAACCAUCGCGAGCGGCAAAGAAGAUCAUUCUUGCAUCGUCAAAAAUCCGCGCAGACUACAUGCCCGAGCCGACGGCGGUCAUGCACCUAGGUCCUGAGAGAGCCGACCAGGCCAUAAAUAUGGCACCAUUGCCCGCCAACACUCAGCUGGAGUACGAAAUCUUUCUCGCAGGCGGAUCAUGGACGUACGACCUCAACACCGCAGCUAGCGACGACGCUGACGACAACAACGACGGGGACCACGCCGACGACGAGGACCUCGCCGAGAGCGGCACCGGUGACGAGGACCUCGUUAAACAUUACCACCAGAUCAGCUCCGUUCCAGACAUUGCUGCAACCGGCCCUUCAAUUCAUCCUCGCUCUUAUGAACGCCCCCGUCUAUCGGUUUACGCCCCCCUCUAUCAAUACGCCCGUCUAUACUUUUUGCGACUUCCACGAACCCGUUCCACGUACCCGUUCCACGAACCCGUCGGCUCGGACGACUUCCUGAGGCAGAGGCAGAGCCGAUAA